AUGGCUACCGAAACAAACUCUUAUACCUACGGAUAUCCAACGGCGCCACCGUCUUCCACCUUCAGUCGUCUUCGAGAGUGGUGGUCACGACCAAUAUUGACUAUUAAAGAACGUGGUCAAGCAACUUUCAAGGAAUUUGUGGCUCUCCUUUCACCCUUUGUCGGCGGCUUGAUCACCGUCAUCAUCAUAUAUGCAGUCUCUUCAUCCAUCGACCAAGCUCACUCCCACGCCAAAUUCUCCAUCCAAUCCGUCGCCUUCUCUCCCUCCUCCGCCACGUGGCACGUCGACUUCCUCGUCGAAAACCCGAGCUCCAGAUACUCUAUCUACUACGACGGCGAUACUUCAGUGAGGCUCGGUCAGCUAAACGUCGACGUUUUCAAGAUCACUCGUAAGCGUAGUUCAAGAGAUCACACGGCUUUCUCGUUGGCUUUCGAUGCUGAGGGUAGUGGAAACGACGCCGCUUCUUCCGGGCAGCUACUACACGUCAAACUCGCUGGGAAGCAUAAGCGUUACGUAGAUGAUGAUAGAGCUGGACAUUUUGAUAUAACAUGUCAAAAUCUGACCCGAAGCCAUGAGAACAUUAAGAAUAUUAUUUGUCAUUCCUCUUUUAUGCAUUCAAAUGUUUUUAUUUAA